CGGCGUCGCGCGAAGCCCAGUGCUCGUCUAUAAGACUAUAAAUACACUCUUGUCUAAGCUCAAUUCGUACUGGAUCCCCCCGGCAGACCACCUGACCCGUGCGAGCGAGAUGGCCGCCAGAAGGCACGCCGGGAGCAGCUCCGGUUCCACUUCGGCGAACCUAAGCAUGAAGCUGCUGGUGGAGGUGGACAGACGCGGCACGCCCAGGCGCGUGGUGUACGCCGAGGCUGGCAAGGACGUCGUCGACUUCCUCCUCACCUUCCUCACCUUGCCGAUCGGCACGGUCGUCAAGCUGCUCCGGAGGAACUCCAUGCCCAUGGUAGGCUGCGUCGGCAACCUGUACGGCAGCGUCGAGAAGCUCCCCGACGACUUCAUCUGCCACAGGGACGCUAGGGCCGCCAAGGACACGCUGCUCAGGCCCGCCGGCGGCAGGCUUCCCCUGCUCACCAACGCGGGGUCGUCCAGCACCGGCGGCUUUGUGAGGGCGGGCGUGACCUACACGGUCAUGGACGACCUCGAGGUUGCUCCCAGGUCUAACGUCGAUUUCAUCACCAGCCUCAACAAAUAUGGUAUCAGGGACAUCAGCUGUCUCCACGGGAAGGAUGUCCAAGUUGGCCACACCGAGGGUCUCCAGAUACUGAGGGCGUCACUCAAGUCGAAGACGGUCCUCACCGACGUCUUCCUUCGGACGAACACUCCGAGUCCGAGUCCGAGGGCCUUAACCGCAGGGUGAAGUGUCCUCGCCGUGUCAUCCUUGUGGUGCGUGCAUGUGUGUCUUUUGGUCAUAUGGUUCGUGGCCUUCGGCAUCCUUGACUGAAGCUCACUUCUUGAACCCACGAAACCUGUGUUGGUCACUGGUUCACGGCUCACAUACUAUGAAUAAAGGCAAGGAGUUAUAUCAUCAGGUGUCUCUUCAUUAAUUAGAUGAUUUUUAACAAGUCUCAAUCGCACCAACUAUCCUUCUCUCCAGGUCACACCAUAUAGUAGUGCAAUUAAUUAUAGUACUUGGUAAUAAAGGAUGCCUUUGAGAUUUGUUUUUGAAAGAACUAGUGACAGCAAAACGACACUCUCCGGGAACAGGAUCCGGCCUUGUAUCACAUUGUAUGCGAUACGAAUGAUACUUUUACACAA